ACCGUGUUCCGCCAUAUUGCCGUUGAGUAAGAUUACCGCCAAUUUGUCUACGUAGAGCGUAUAUGCGUGGCGUCGGUUUGGAGCAUUAGUUUGGAGAGUGGAAACGAGGUUAGUUGAUAAGUAUCAGUUUUUCUAUAUUGUGAACGUAAUUGAGAAUUGUGUUAUUCACGGCCUGGAUGAUUUGGUGAUGCUAUCUUGAGUACGAUAGCAUUGUUCAUCGCGAUGUCCCGUCAAUAUUGUUUUCUGUGUGCGAGCGAUGAAGGCGUUUUCUUGGUUGUCACGCCGGACAAUUUUAAUAUAUUCAAUAAUCAGCUCGAGACGUGUUUGACAACUAAGGUUAAUGAAUGUACUGAGCUAUCAAAUAACAUAUGUUAUAAAUGCGCAUAUGAAUUGGAUCAGUGCACUAAGUUUGUAGAAAAGUAUAAAAAAUCACACGAAAUUGCACAACCAAAAGUCAAGCCGUCAGAACCAUACUGUUAUUUGUGCUUCGAAUUUGUAGAAAGUGAUCGUAUCUUUGAUAUUACUAAGGACAAUCGCGCAAUAUUUCACCCUUUGCAGAAGGUUCGCAACAUUUUUAAUGAAGAUCUUAGUAAGAAGGACAGUUAUUCUAGACUAGUAUGUCUAACAUGUCGAUAUAACUUGGAUGUUUUGUAUGAUUUAAAGAGAGUGUAUCAUGAAACAGUCAUCAAUUUAAAAGCUCUGAUUAAUAAAGAGAUAGAUUAUACAAGUUUCCCAAAGGUACACACUGAUGUUAUAAAUCGCAAAACGACUGUUACUACCUUCCCAGAUAUUACAUUUUAUGGUUCAGUAAAUUCUGAUACAGAGAGUAUCGAGGACAUGGCACGUAAUAGAAAAUCGCGUGUUAAAACGCGAAACAAUGCGAAAAAAUUGCAGAUUGACAUGAAAACAAAAAGCCGGAUUUGUAAUCAUUGCCACAAUAUUGUCGCAAAUGGCAUUGAUAUGUACAGAUUUCAUCGUACAGGUCUAACGGUAUGCAAAGGUUGUUGGUUAACAAUAGAUCCAACUAAGGGCAGAGGGAAGAAACAAUUACGAAAGACACAAGACAGUUUUGUAGAAACCAAGUUAUGUUCCGUUUUCUUGACAGACGUACUAAGCGAGGAAUCGCAUAAAAGCGAGAAAGUAUAUAGAGUGGAGAAAGACAAGGACGGUAAUAAAUUCUUUAUUGUGUCGGAUGAAAGUUCAUUGGAAGAAGACAAAUCAUCUGAAAAUAGUCGCCUAAGUAUUUCGCCCAAGUUGGAGAAUCGUGUUGUUAAUGGCGAUGCACAACAAGGAAAGAAACGACGGAUUGACACCGUAAAGAGCGAUGUUGAAAGCACACCAACAAAAGUAACAAGAUCGAAUCAGAAACGCACAAAUGUAAACGAGACAAAAUCGACGAAAUUAUUCACUGACGCGGAGGAGAAGUCUAUUAUCCAUUCAACUCAACAAAGACAUAAAAGAACAAGAAGUACCAAUGAUGUUAGCUCAGACUCCGAUGUUCCUUUGACGACUGCAAUAAAAACACGUAAAUUGAAUAAUCACAGGAGACUUCAGUCUUCUUCCGUGGACAGUGUGGAUAAUCAAGAGAGAAAGAAACUGAGAUCUAUUCUCAAAGGGAUAACCACAAAUGUACGUAUAGAAUUAAGUGAUCAGUCAUCUAACGAAGGUAGUAUGACUCCAAGAAGAAAAACGAGAAAUGUGCCGAAUUCAUCGAAUACGAAAGAAGUCAAAAAAGAAAUUUGCACCAGGACAAGAUCAUCUUCCAUAUCUAGUAUGGAAAUAUCACCAUCGGAAUUUAAAAGCCCGAAGGUCGUGGUACUGUCGGAAAUUAAGGCAGAAUACAUUUGUGAUGAAUGCAAUAAGGAAUUUGACACUAAAUUGUCGAGGGAGGAACACAGGUUGACGCAUCUUAAGCAAGCUGUACUAAAACUGGAAAGGAUAAUUGUUCCCAGCGAAAAGAAGCAACAAGAAAUGGAAGUUGAUUCACAAGAAGAUAAAAUUUCCGAAGAACCAGUUGCAUGCUCCAGCAGAACUAUUAGUAUCGAUAAAAAUGCCGACGAUCUGUCUGAGGAAAUCGCUAUUAACGUCGAAGAUGAUACUGACGACGAAGAAAUCUUUAGUGUAAGAAAGAGUGAAAGCGCACAGAAAAAGAUAGUGAUGAAUGAUAAAAACGAUAAUGAAACAGACAAACUGGAUGCAACAGAAGGUAAAUCAUCUAUAGAAGAGGAAUCUGCGAAAGUUAUAAAUGAAGAAGUUAUAACAAAAGAAUCUCAACAGUGCGAAGAAUCGGCUAUUGUGCUGGAUGAAGCAAUAACAUCAGUUGAAAUACAGGACGAUCAUCAAGAUGCAAAGGAGAAAAAUACAGAAACAUCGAUCAACAAAGAUAUCGAUACAUCGAAAGAUACGGAUAUAGAGUCACAAGAAGCCAUUCUUACUACAGUGAAAAAUCAGAAAAACUUGAAUGCGGAGGAAAAUAGUGAUGCAGAGGUAGAAAAUAAUACUGAAGAAUCUGUAAUAGAAAGAGAAAAAUCUGUUGACAGAUGCGAUAAUGAUAAAAAAGAUGUUCACAAGGAUACAACGGUGGAUACAACAGUUGAAUCAACAAUUUUGUCAACUUGUAAUACAGUUGAGGAUAAUGAGAAUUAUAAUGAAAAUUGUAAGAAUGAUCUAAAAGAUAGUGAAAUUGAUGAAGAGACAGCAGAUGUAGAAACAAGACAAUGUAAUUCAGCGAACAAAUCUUUAAAAAAAUCUAAAAAACUAGAGGAAGAGCAAAACACUAUAUCGGACGUUACUGAUAAGACAGAAAUAUUAAAUAACGAAAGAAAUUUGGAGGACGUUAUAACUAUUGAUGAAAGUGAAAUUGAGACUUUAGAAGAACAGCAAAAUAAAACAGACGAACAGAGUAUGGAAACCGAAACGAUUAUAGAUCUUGAUGCUGAUAAUGAUAAGGAUAACCUAAGUUUUUUGAAUUACGAAAAACUUGAUAAAGCGGAAGGUGAUAAAGAAGAGGACAAUGUUGCAGUAAUUCUUGCAGACAGCAAUAACGACACAGUAAAGUCUAAGGAAACUACAGAAGAAAUCACCACGAAUAAUUCAAAUAUGGAAAAUGCGUUGGACGACAUAGAGUUGAUAGAAAAUAAUAUAACGAGUAACAACUGCGAAAGACAGGAGCUCUCGAAUGAUGUAAACAAUAGUUCCACGGACGCAGCUAACGAGAUAUUAAAAGAAGUAUUCGAAUUCGCAGCCAAUGAAGUCCAAAAUCGAGAAGACAGUAAUAGUGCGAAGUACUUGGAGAACACCGAACUCGAGACCGUGGAGAACGUUUCACGUGAGGCGUGCAAUGAUGCCGAUAUGCCAUCUUUAGAUCCGAUCAGUGUCAUGGAAAUAGAUGAUAACGAUAUCACGUUAAACUAAUUGUACCUAUAAACAGGUAAUGACAAUGCACAUUUUCCUUUAUCUUCACGCGAGUGAUUUAUUUUUCGCUAUGCGCAGUGUACAUCCAUCGCGGUUCCAAGAGAUUAAUUUCGAAAGAGAAUAUUUAUAUUUGUGUUCGUAAACAUUUUGUCCAGGUUUGCUGGAGUUGUAAAGACGAUUCAUACUUUAUUUUUUCUUCACACUAUUAAUUAUUAUAUGAACAAUUGAAAAGAUUGCGAUGAUAUGGACAGUUUUCAGGAUUAUAUUACUGUACUGUUUUUCAAGAAUUUCUCAAGUAUUAAAAACAGAUGGUUAUAUUUCAACAUUGAUUUGACACAUUUUUUUCAUGUAAUGAAAUAAAAUAAAUAAGCUAUAUAUGCAUAAAACUUAGACAUCAAAAGCGAAAGUAAAACUUAUAUGUUGUAAAACUAAAUUCUUUAUUUGUACUUUAUUAUAUAUAGUGUGAUAUAGUUAGAUAAAUAACUAUAACAACACAUAUGGUCAUUACGAUAAUAUAUAUCAAGAUAUAUACAUGUAUAGAGUGAUACUGGACAGACUUUACCGUACACUUGCACUUAUUGUAUAGUAAUUUGUCGAAAAUGUAUGUAAUACAUUUCAUUUAUAUGAAUGUGCAACGGUAAGUUUUUAUUCACAAAGUUUUGAAACUUACUAAAGUUACUAAAAUAAAUGAUUGAUUCAUUAAGGGAAAAGCUGGAAAAUAAUAUGGAUUUUAAAAAAUUUUUUAUAUAGAGUAGAGUUGUAAAAAAAUUUUAACAAGAGAAAUUAAUAUUAUUAAUAAU